ACCAUUCUAAUUCCACGUCUUUUCUCCUUUGCAGUUUAGAUACCCCCUUCCACGAUACCCGCCACGUUACUUGUUAAUUUCAUCUGAUUGACGAUUACGACUUCUACCUCUCACAUCCAGAUACCCCAGAACAUCACAGUUAAUUCCUACAACCCACCACAGUAGAUUCAUCAUGGCGCCCUCUGCGUCGGUCAACGUUCCUACGAACACCAAGAUCAAGGAGCAGGAUGUUAACAACAAGCUCCAGCUCUAUGGAAUCUUCUCUGCCUUUUCCAAUGGCAAGGUCCCAUCAAACAAGCAAAUUGAUGUUGCUAUGAACAGCGCUCUCGCAUCGCGACCGCUCUCAAACCCUUCAAAGAAGCUCUCAACAGAGGGUCAGAAGCUUGUUGGUGAUUUGCGCGAGGUUGUUGAGCAGGCCAAGCUUCUCCUCUUGACGAAGAACGAGGGCAACCUUCUUCAGGACUUCAUUUGGCAAACCCAGCAGAUCUCUGGCGGCAAUGCCGGCACUCCUAACGCUCCUGUCGACAAGGAAACCGCCAAGCAGCACGGUAACGAGGCCCUUGACGGCCUGCGUACCCUCGGAACGCUCAUCCUGUCCAACGGUCAAUUCCGCAAGCUUUUGAGCGAUGCCAGCAUUCUCUUCAGAGACAUGGCCGGUGAUGCCGCUCAGAAGGCGGCCAACAAGGUCAACCCUUCCGAGGAUGAGCUCAACCAGAUUGACAAACCUGCCGAGGACAACACCUGGCACGAUGUUCCCGACCUUUCCAAGGAUAACCUUAAGAACCAGGCUAGGUCCAAGUACAACGAGCAGAAGCCGUUCAACAAGCAGGAGGCUAAGGGUGCUCUUGGUGAUGCUGCCCAGGCCGCUCACCCUAGCGGCUCUCGUGACCCCGCCCACGCUGCUGAGCUCGCCGCCCGCGACCAGCAACAGGGUACCAACUCUGGUGUCGAUGCCGGCAAGGGUCUUCAGCAGGGUGCUGACCAGCUCCACCAGACUGCUCGCGAGAACAUCCCCGACGAGACUCAGGAGAAGGCUCGCAACGCCAGGGAGCGCACCACCAACUACAUGAAGGACAAGAUUCCUCAGGAGCGCCGCGACCAGGGCAUCUACCGCUUGAAGAAGAUGGUCGCCGAGAUCCAGGGCCACCAAGACUACCAGCAGGCUAUUGAUACCCUCCUUCGCCUUGCCGAGCAGUACUCCGGCCACACUAAGAACCUGGCCAACCAGAGCCAGGGAACCGUGAAAGGUGCCCACAAGGAUGACAGUCUGCAGAUGGCUGAAGCUGACCUCAAGACUCUCAUCGAGCGCUUCGCCAACGGCACCUCGUUGGACGACAUGUUCGACUCCAUCAACGUCAUCUACCGCGAUGCCGACAGUGAUCCCGAGCUUAAGGGCUGGUUCACUCACAUGAACAAGUACAUCCGCAAGUGCCUCAAGGAGCAAGGCUACGUCCUCCAAGACUCUUCCACCGAGGAGUGGAACAAGCUCUACGACCAGGGCGAGUUCCUCCUCCGUGACCGCUACCGCAACCACACCGACAGAAUUGCCGAUGAGUUCAAGUUCUACAUCGAUCAGUUCAACCAGGACAGACAGAAUGUCGCCUUCGGUGAUGCUGUCCAGAAGCUCUUCCUCGACCUCGGUCAGGAUGAGAACGGCCAGGCUCAGUUCAAGCCUCAUCUCAUCAAGGAUUUGACCGAGGUUAUCCUCCCCGGUCUCUUCGAGUCCAUCCGCUAUGUCCCUAUUCCUCGCAUCGAGUACUCCGACCCCAUGAUGGACGCUAUCGUCGAGAACCUCGUCCUCGAGGGUGACAACCUUGCUCCCAACGUCAUGGAGUUCGGCAGCGACAACUACUGGCGCUGGGGCCGCAAGUCCAUCACUAGCAAGAACAAGAACAAGGUCAUGCUUUCCGUCUCGGGCGUCCAGUGCGACCUUCGCGACGUCAGCUACUACAUCAAGAAGAAGGAGGGCUUCCCCAGUAUUACUGACAAGGGUGUCAUGGACAUCUUCCUUGGUGGUACCGGUCUUAGUUUCAAGGUCGCCAUGGAGACUGCAGACAAGACCGACAGCAAGCACUUCUUCAAGGUCAACUCUGUCCACGUUGACAUCAAGAACAUCAACAUCAAGCUGAAGCAGUCCAACCACAAGCUUCUCUUCAACAUGUUCAAGCCUCUUCUCCUCAAGGUUAUGCGUCCUGCUAUCCAGAAGGUUGCAGAGACCCAGAUCCGCAACAACAUCCACCAGCUCGACGAGAUGCUCUUCGCCAUCCACCAGGAGGCCAAGAAGGCUGAGGCUCAGGCCAGGAACAACCCCGACCCCGAGAACAUCCAGAACAUCUACCAGCGCUACGCCACCGCCGCCCAGCAGAAGUUCACCAAGGGCAAGCAAAAGAAGGAUGAGGUCGCUGCCGAUAAGAAGGUCAACAUGGCCGUCACCCAGCACGACAGCAUCUUCAAGAACAUCUCCCUUCCCGGCGGUAUCAGCACCAAGGCUACCGAGUACAAGGAGCUUGCCGCUAAGGGCGACAAGUGGGAGUCCCCCAUCUUCAGCAUUGGUUCUGCUAGGGAGACUUCCAACCUGCCCAAGAUGGCUGCCAUCAGCCGCAAGCCCCACCGCGUCAACCAGGAGGGUGUUCGUGGUCCCAACAACCUCGGCACCGACCAGUAUGGCUCUGGAUUUAACGGAUCCUCUGAGACUGGCCCCAGCGGUGGUCUCAGCUCUUCGGGCAACACUGGCUACGGCUCUCAGUCCGGUUACGGUUCUCAGGGCAGCACUGGUUACCACGGUGGUUCUAACACUGCUGGUCUUACUGGUCAGGUUCCCGUCCGUAGUGGCAACACCACUGGCACUGGCUAUGACCAGAACACCACCAACACCACUGGCUACCACCAGGGCUCAUCUCACUACGCUGCUGGCGAGGGUCCUAUGGGUACCACUCGCGAGUCCACUGGUGCUGGUAACUUUGGUGGCGAGGUCGACCGCGCCUUCCACGAUGCCACUACCGGUACUGCCACCGGCACUACCGGCACCACUGGCACCACUGGUGCUGUCCAGGGUGACGAGACUCAGCACACCUUCUUCGGCAAGAACAACCCCGUCUUCCAGGGUCGUGUUUAAGCGUCUCACCUGAUGUUUACUUUCUUUGGUUAUUCUGUUUCGCGAUGUUUUUUACCGUCAUGAUACCACUGCCGCACGGCAGUUGCGAAGAGGAAGGAGGAUAUGAAAAGAGACGUUAUACCCCAGCAACAUAACAUGCGAGUGAUAAUGGUGGAGUGUUCUUAUCCUGCAUUCAUUCAGAAAAUCGGUUUCCUUAGCUUUUGUACCCUAAUACCAGUCUUUCAAGUUAUAAUCUCCUAUCUAUUCUCUCGCUG